CCAUCUGUUACUACAUUUACAUGUAGUAACAGGUAAAAGUAAAUAUGCAUGACACUAAUCAGAUGGAUGGAAUCACUGAGGAUAUUUAAAAUACAAGUAUGUUAUUUGUUGAAUGUGAAAUUAUGAAGUCACAUGGGCGUGGUGAAUUAAUGUCUAAAUAGUCACAGCUGUUUGUGCAGUUGUCUGUGAGUUUCUUUACAGUUUUAUCCUAUUAGACUUGUCUUCCAUGGAGGCAUACACUUCCUUUCUGGUAGUUGUCUUCUAUUUUGGUGCUUUUGCGUGAGUGUAUGAUGGGAUGGACAACAAACAGGAACCUAUGUUCACAAUAGCCUUGCAGUAAAUACCAGCUUGAUCAAGCUCAUGGACAACCUUGUGUUGUUAAAGAACUCUCAUAUCAAAGUUAUUUCAGUCUUUUUGGGUGAUAGUCUUGUGCUUAUGCAGAAGAUGUUUGAGACAUUUGAGAGCAUAUAAUGACUUGUGCAGCUCCCAUUAUAACUGACUUAGCUUAUUAAAGGCUAUGUCCUUUUUCAUGUUUUGCUUGUUUGCUUUUCCCUUUCAACCCCAGCUACAAAACAAGUCAUCAAGUUGAAUAGCAAUAGCUAUUAGAUUAUUGCUGGCUAUUAACAGUAACUGUUUAAGCAAGGUUGCACAGCAACACAAAGCAGCUUACAGAGGUACAAAGAGCUAGCGUGUUGUUACCUUAUACAUCAGUGGCAGACACUGCAACAUUAGUCUCAAAAAUCUUAAUAGUGCAUUCCAAACACAGGGAAACUGCAUCAGCAAAGAGGAAUGGUGGUAACAAGGAAACCCUUAUCAACACUGCAAGGACACUGAAAGAAUUUGCUUAACAACAGUACAAGCAGCAGACUCAAGCUACAACAUACUGAACCGUACAUGUGCAGCUCCCUCAUACAAUACCUCAGUUGUUCUGGCCCAACGUUAUCAUCCCUCUUUUUUCAUUAAAUAUACCCUCCCUGUUUCCUCUUACUCUCCAGUGGUGACUAACAUUGCCUUCAGUGUGGAUUUAAAUAGACUAACCCCAAAGCAGAGCAAUGCACAGUGACACAGGGAGUAAGACAAGCACCCAUGUGCUGCCCCAAACUAACACACACAGAGUCCUGGAAAGAAAGCCCAAUGCAUACUGACAAACCAACAGCUUUUGUCAAAAUUUAUAUUACGCAAAAAGCAGGAUGUAAAUGUGCUUCUCCACACCCCACUGUUUUAAGUAUCCUGCAAGAGACAACCAUGACAAACAGAAUGAGAGAGAAGCCCUAUCAAAAGCUGAGUGUCACUGAAGGUUACUCUACUUUUUUAGGGGGAGAUUUGGAGGAGGUGACUCCGUGCAGAGGUUAGACCCAGACUUUAGUUAUGCAAGUCAAUGUAUUUUUAUGGUCAGCACAACCUGAACGCUUCUGCUAUCAUCUCGAUGCCCCACUUUUGAUGAACUUAAACGUUUAAGAGUUAAAGGUGGUGACACAAGUGAGCCACAGGCUGGUAACAGCGGAGGAGGAGGGCGGAGACACUCCUCCCGUCAGAGUGGAGGCUGAUUUGUUCGUUCCUUGGUUCGGAGAAAGGGGCGAGGAGUCAGCAUCUCUAACUUCUGUCACCGAAAAGACGAGGAAAAAAACGCAUCCGUUGUAUUGAGUGGAGCAAAGCGCGCACUCUUCCCUUAAGAAAAUUUGCGCUUCGAAGCAUCAGGAUACUGCAAGUUACUUCUCGUUCAUCAAGGUUUCUGCAAGAGUUGGACGAGCACAUAAGGGAGCGGUCGGUCGAGAGAGCAAGGUGAUUGCAAAAAGCACACGGGCGAAAGGGAGGACAACAAACAAAGCAAAGGAGCGGAGAGAGGAGAGGUGACCUGGCCGAAGCAAAAUGUUUGGCAUGAUCAAGAACUCGCUCUUCGGAAACACCGAGGAGACGGAAUAUAAACUGCUUAGCAGUGAGACGAAGGAUAGAGUAAGCUUUGAGGUGCGGCGAUACGAAGCUGCCAAAUACGCUGUUGUCUCCUCUGAGGGACGAACUUUUGACCAAGUGACAGGGGAACUGGUGAGGAAGCUGCUCAUGUACAUCGGCGGGAGCAAUGAACAAGGUGAGGCCAUGGGUAUAGCAGCUCCCAUCAUCAUCACAGUGUACCCACGGAAUGACGGUGUUCUGUCUCGCCGGUUGGUGGUCGGAAUCCGCAUCCCCUCCAUCUACCAGCAAAGCCCCCCGACUCCCACCGACAGUGCCAUCAGGAUUGAGGAGCGGCCCGGCAUGACUGUCUAUGCUCUCCAGUUUGGAGGAUUUGCAGGGGAAAGUGAGUACAGAGCAGAGGCCUUGCGUUUGACACGCACCCUUGGUGAGACAGCCCCUUUUCAGCGCAAGCAGUAUUUCUGUUGUAGCUAUGACCCACCACUCAAGCCUUACGGACGCCGAAAUGAGGUGUGGUUUCUGCAGGAAGAGCCAUAAGAGCCUUUGGUUCCCAGUUACAUCUCAUGCUGAAUUCUUUAUUCAAACUUACCUACUUUCUCAGUCCUGUAACUGUAACAGUAUUUGAUUGGUAAGAGCAAUAUGGUGACUUGAUAGACCUCUGAACGCACAUGGACAGACAGAGAUUACCCAUGUCGCUUUUACACAUCUAAUCUUCUGCUUGUCAAACAUACAUUAUAGUUGUCACACUAAAGUUAGGUGUUCAAGCAAUGGGGCAAUUUAGAAUUCAACAUAAGUGCAGUAGCAUUCUCUCAUUUCAUUAUCAUGUUUUCUGUAUUUUUGUUUUUAAUUUAAACCCUUGUAGCUCAGAAACAGAACACGUGGCAUUAGAGUGAUGAAAGGCUUCUAGACAAAUGUAGUCUUACGAAGUGAGUAUUUAUUCAAGUCCCAUGCAUUUCAUACAGACUUUUCAUCUGAAAAAAUUGCAUAACUGAAUACAGCAUGUAGUACCAUGACUGAGUUUAGUUCUCUAAGCCAAGAGAAUAUAAAUCAUAAAGAAAGUACCUUUAUUUGAACUGGUAUGCUACUGCCACUGGUUUACAGGUGUGAAACAUAAAGUAACUCAAUGAAUAGCAUGUAUUUGAAUACAAUUCUACAGAUUUUUCUAAUCCUUUAGGAAUUACAUAUUUGUCCUUAAGGUUAGAUGAAGUCCUUGUAAAGCUCCCAGCUUAAUCUAGUUUACAAUAUGGUGAUGGCUACAGACAAAUGUAUAGAAUUAACAGAUACAUGGUAAUAAAAAGCACACAUCCUUUUCCUGGGUAAGGAACUGGAAAGAAACAGGAUUUGAGCCAUAAAGUAGAGCGAGUCUUCAUUAAUUAAUGGGUAAGACAGCUUUGGGUGGAAAUUGGAUAGCUAGCUAUUGAUGUUGUUAGAAACUUUGUGAUUAUAUGUUGAUCCAGAAAGCAUUUGUUUGUGGUGAAUAUUACGUGUUUUAGUGCACGACAGUGCCAUCUUUAUUUAUUCAGAAUCUUGAAACUGUUAUGCGAGACAUCUGUACAGUUUGGUUUUCUGUGAUAAGAGUGAAUAUAAUUUUCAGGUUUGAUAGUGUUCAUGACAUAAUAAAUAUGUUAUUUAGUUA